UAAUUGUUAUUUUGCGCAGUGAGGUGAAUGUAAAUAUGGCGCUCGACUGUGAAACUUACUUUAGCCACGCGAUGUCACUGUUGACCGUGAUUCUGAAAGUCCGCGUCUCAUGAACGAACCUCUCCACCUUCCGUGCUGCGUAAUCAGACAGAGGAGGUCCAUAAAGCAGAACGCAGACCACACCGUAGAGCUGUUGUCCACAGAGGAGGCCUUGGAUAUCAUCUUGCUUUCUAUACGGCGUUGGAAUAACGAUGUUAUUAAAUCUGUGACUUGAAUAAACGCGAAGAGGCGAUGGGUUUCACGGUCAGUGGAGGACCUCGCUCCAUCUGGGCGCUGCUGCUUUUCUCUUUUUGGGGUUUGUCCCGCGCUCAGGUUUCGUACUCCGUCUCAGAGGAGGUGAAGAAGGGCACCGUUGUCGGGAACAUAGCGAAGGAUCUCAACCUCGAUGUCCAGGAGCUGCAAUCGCGCCUGUUUCAGGUGGUGGCUGGAUCGAAUAAGAGGUAUUUCGAGGUGAAUCUGAAAACGGGAGCUCUGUUUGUGAACGACAGGCUCGACAGGGAGGAGCUGUGCGAGGCGAAGCACAGAUGCGCUCUUAAUGUCGAGGUAAUGGCUCAGAAUCCCGUAAAGCUCUAUCGUGUUGAGGUGAAUGUAGUGGAUAUUAACGACAACUCUCCAGUUUUCCCGCUUCAGAAGUUAGAGAAGAACAUCACAGAACACGUAAUACCUGGAGAUCGCUUUUCUCUGCCUUCAGCACGAGACUCGGAUGUGGGUAUCAACGCAGUAAAAAGCUACACGUUGAGUCCAAACGAACAUUUCUCGCUGGAUGUUCAGAGCUACGGGGAGCAGAGUGUUUCAGCAGAGUUGGUGCUACAAAAGCCUUUAGAUCGAGAGAAGCAGGCUGUUAUUAAGCUCACGCUCACGGCUGUUGAUGGAGGGAAACCUGCCAAAUCAGGGACGAUGGAUAUAAUAAUUAACGUGCUGGAUAUAAACGAUAACAAUCCAUUAUUUAGUAAACCUUUAUAUAAAGUUAAGAUGAAAGAGAACACACCGCUGGGGACCAAAAUCUUGACUGUCACUGCGACUGACUCGGACGAGGGAGUAAACGGAGAUAUUAUUUACUCACUUGUAGAUCAAGAGGGAAACUCGGCAUCGAGUUUAUUUACUAUAAAUAACGUAUCAGGUGAAAUUACUGUUAGAGGCAUUAUUGAUUAUGAGGAAAAUCCAGCUAUUGAACUAAGAGUACAGGCUCAGGACAAAAGCAUCUCACCAAGACAUUCAAAUUGUAAAGUAUUAAUUGACGUUGAGGAUGUAAAUGAUAACGCACCUGAGAUCUCAGCCACUCUGCUCAUGAACUCGGUAAGUGAGGACAUCAGACCUGGCGCUGACGUAGCAUUAAUCACAGUAUCUGAUGAAGAUGAUGGUAAAAAUGGAAAAGUAGACUGUAAAAUAUCAGGAGCGAGUCCAUUUAAGCUCCAGCCGUCCUAUAAAAACUCAUAUUCUCUAGUGGUAAAUGAACCGCUGGACAGAGAGCAGGCCUCCCACUAUAACAUCACAGUCAUCGCCAGUGAUGAAGGCUCUCCUUCUCUUUCUAGCACUGGAACUAUAGUCGUUCAUGUCUCUGACGUAAAUGACAAUCCUCCUCUAUUUCCAGCACCUGUCAUAAACCUCAGCGUCAAAGAAAACAGUCCAGCUGGCGGGCUGCUGGCAUCACUAACAGCAAAAGACGCAGAUUUCGGAGAAAACGCUCAUAUUUCAUAUUCUCUAAUUGAUGGAGACGGCAGUAAAAUCCCUGUGUCCACUUUAAUGAACAUAAACUCCCUGACAGGUGAGCUGUACAGCUUACAGUCCUUCAACUACGAGGAAACCAAACAGAUCCAGUUUAAAGUCCAGGCCACUGACUCUGGAGCUCCUCCUCUGAGCAGCAAUGUGACUGUGAACGUGUUUAUCCUGGAUGAGAACGACAACAGUCCAGUGAUCUUACCUCCUUACUCUGAGGCUGGGUCAGUAAACACCGAGAACGUCCCCUACUCUGCUGAAGGGGGCUACUAUGUGGCUAAAAUCCGAGCUGUAGAUGCCGAUUCUGGUUAUAAUGCGCUGCUGUCUUAUCACAUCACUGAGCCUAAGGGGACUAAUCUGUUCCGCAUUGGAAGCAGCUCUGGAGAAAUCAGGACUAAGAGGCGAAUGAGUGACCACGACCUGAAAACCCACCCACUUGUUGUGACGGUAUGUGACCAUGGAGAACCUUCACUAUCAGCUACAGUGACUGUCGAGGUUGUGGUGGUUGAAAGUCUGGACAGCGGGCAGCCUUCCCUAAGACAAGUGCCGAUGAAGGAGGAGGGCUUCUCUGAUCUGAAUCUAUAUCUGCUCAUCGCUAUUGUCUCAGUGUCGGUGAUCUUUCUGCUGAGCCUCAUCGGUUUGCUAGCAGCUAAAUGCUGCGGGUCAGAGGGCGGUUUGAGCAGGUGCAGCGGUCCAGUGGUCACUACACACCCUGACGGGAGCUGGUCUUACUCUAAAGCCACUCAGCAGUACGACGUGUGCUUCAGCUCAGACACGCUGAAGAGUGACGUCGUGGUUUUCCCCUCGCCGUUUCCGCCUGCAGACGCAGAGCUGAUCAGCAUUAAUGGAGGGGACACUUUCUCUCGGACACAGACUCUCCCCAGCUCUGGGAAGGUAAGGGGCUUAUGAAUUGAAAUAACCUUCAGUCGUCGUAUUGCACAGCAUUAUGAGGGUUUUUUUUACGUUUCGUGUUGUGGCAUUUGCUCAGUUUGGGG